AUGUCACUACCGACACCGACACAGACGCUGGCAGGAGGCAAAGUGAAGGUCUACCACGUCGCGUUAGCUGGCUACGACGAUGCUACCUCGCCGCGUUUGUCGGCCUCCAGCUCGUCGGCCAAAGCGAUGGUAUGCGUCAUUGACCGACCCGACGUCAAGAACGCCGUAGAUCGCGAGACGGCAUCCGCGCUGCAUUCUUCGUUCGUCUCGUUCGCCAACGACGCCUCACUCCGGGUGGGCAUCCUGACGGGAUCGCACUCCACCUUCUGCGCAGGAGCCGAUCUCAAGUCGAUCCUCCACUCGUCGCUCCAACCCACCAACAGCCCCACCAGCAGUACAGAGGAGGAGAGCAACCUGCUGGACGCCGACAUGGACGCGGUGGCGCCGAUGGGCGUGACGCGGCUGGCGAUGAACAAGCCCGUCAUCGCCGCCGUCGAGGGCUUCGCUGUGGCCGGAGGCAUGGAGUUGGCGCUGUGGGCCGAUUUACGGGUCGCCAGCGCGACGGCGCAGUUCGGCAUCCUGUGCCGACUGCGCGGCGUCCCGCUGAUCGACGGAGGCACCGUCAGGCUGCCGGCACUGGUGGGCGGCUCGAGGGCCGCGGAUCUCGCGCUGACCGGCCGACUCGUUGGCGCACAGGAAGCUCACGCCAUAGGUCUGGUCAACUAUGUCGUCCCCCCAGGAGGCGGCAAGCAGACAAAGAGUGGGUUCUCGAGUGUAGUGGAGAAGUCGUUGCAGCUCGCUGCGAGUCUGGCAGCCAACCCGCAGACGUGCAUGCUGAACGAUCGUGCUAGUAUGCUCAACGCCAUGUAUCCCGCAACAGCAGCGGGGGGUGUACAGGACGAGAUAGGGGAAGCGGAGAAAGGGAAAAAGGCGGAUCUCAGACUCAAAGGCGGCUUGAGACAGGCGAUGGAACAGGAGUUUCAACUUGGUCUGGAGAGCUUGGAGAAGCUGUUCGAAGAAGGAGCUGUGGGGGCGUUUGUUAAUCGCACCCAGCAGCAGAGGCAGGCGGAUAGAGCAAAGUCGUCGAGGAACAGCAAUUUGUGA